UACAGUCUACAAAUCUAACACGAGUGAAGUAAAACUUUUAAUAUGUCAGCAUAUAAAAAUACUGCCAGGACGUGUAACAUUUAAAUAUAUUGAAAAGGAUUUAUUAAGGUAUUUCAUGCAAAGCUUAAACAGCAUUUAAAUAGUGUUUUUAGCUUUUUUUGCAGUAGAUAAAAUCUAAAGACGCGUACAUUCGUAAUUAUUACGUCAUAACGGAGCUACAUAAGCUGGAGUGCAACGCUAGUGAACACACUCGGUUUGGUCGUUUGUUGCUACCGAGAGCUCAAGGUGCUUUAUCGAGUUUUGUCUUGUAUUUUGGCUGUUUCCAAGCGUUCAUUCAUGCAAUCCUUGCUUGCAACAACGUCUUCACCGGUUCAGCGACGCUCUGGACGGAAAACAAACAAUAAUUUUGCGCGCGCGGCUGACAGAAAGGAUCCCGCGCUCGAGACAUCGACGAAAAUCUGUCCAGUUGGGAUGACCAGAAGAGUUGACCGCAAGUCUUCUGAACCUAUGGCUGGGACUAGCAGCUCCAUCACUACAGGACCUUCAUCUCAGGGUCCUGUAUCCACCCGGAGUGCACGUCCUCUGCUUGAUACUCCUCGCAGGCGUCACAUUAGUGAUACUUCAAAGGAAACAACUGAGCUUUUCUCUGUUCGGCAAAAAGCGUUGAGCUCGAUUGAGCUCCGUUUGAAGCGCCAGAGGAAAACAGGCCAUCCUUAUAUGCGCCCAAAUAACAAAGAUGGUCUUGCACUCGAGUCAGUGCAGGAAAUCGUAAAGAAAGUCUGUCCAGAUGGGAUGACCAGAAGAGCUGGCAGCAAAGCUUCUGAGCCUCGCUGUCAAACACUGGAAACCACAAGCUCCAUCACUGCAGGACCUUCAUCUCAGGGUCCUGCUUCUGCCCGAAGUGCACGUCCUCUGCUUGAUACUCCUCGCAGACAUCGCUUUAGUGAAAAUUCAAAGCAAAGGCGUAUAGAGAAAUUUGAGAUGUGGCUACCAAGAAGGCCGCUACGUGUCCAGUCUGCACGUUUUUCGAGGCGGACUGAGAUCAAGCUUGAUAGCGCUUCAACAUCACAGCAAUAUUUUAAGCUGGAUGUGCCUAAGUGGAGUGAUUAUUUUCCUCCGCCUUCUGACGAGAAGACAAUCUCUUCUUCACUCGCCCCAAAACCAUCAACUUCAGUUCCUUUAGGUGCUCCACAAGUCUCUCCCUCAGAUAAGUCUCGAUCUGCAUCUGAAGUCCAGCCCGUACCUGAACAGGAACAUGCUCAUAAGUUAAAAAGGAGCUUUGUUCCUGUUCCUGUAAUAGUUUCGGACAGAUCGAGCUCGGUCAACGAUAUACAGGUUGGAUUGCCUGUGGUAAGCACCCUGGUAAUAGGUGACUCUACUUUGAAACAUGUGCAAAUAGAGUCACCAGGGACCUUGGUCAAUUGUAUACGGGGGGCCAGAGCGUCUUACAUAAAAAACAAACUAACUGUCUUGGCUAAUGCUAAGCGUAGAUUUAACAGAAUUAUUAUUCAACUAGGCAUUAAUGAGGUUCAACUUCGUCAGUCGGAGAUCAGCAAAAUUAAUAUUAAAGAGGUGUGUGACCUCGCUAAAACUAUGUCAGACACUGUAAUAUGCUCUGGCCCCCUCCCCUCUUAUUGGGGUGACGAAAUAUAUAGUAGAUUAUCGGCACUGCAUGAUUGGAUGUGCAAGUGGUGCCCACAAAAUUAUUUAGGAUUUAUUGACAAUUGGAAAUAUUUUUUAAUGAGACCUGACCUGUUUGGGGGAGAUGGUUAUUAUCCCAACAGCGAAGGCACUGCUAUCCUCUCCAAACACCUAACGGAUAGUCUUAAUAGUGCCAGUGUCUAAUUAAUAUAAUCAGACAAAUAUAAUAUAUAUUUAUAGAGUACAUAUAUACUCGUUUUUAAUAUAUAUACACGUUUUACAUAUAUAGAUAUAAUAGUCUGUAAUAUAGAGUUUUAGAUUCUCACUUUCUUAAGGGUUAGAUUUAGGCACAUAAGGGUUAAGGUUAGCUUAUGGGUAAGGUUUAGGUACUUGGAGGUUAAGGGUACAGUAGCUUAAGAGUAAGGUUUAGACGGUUAAGGUUAGCUUAAGGGUAAGGUUUAGACGGUUAAGGUUAGCUUAAGUGUAAGGUUUAGGUUCUUAAGGGUAUGGGUUAGGUUUAGGCAUUUACGUACGUGUAUGUAUUA